GACGCGCAGAGAAUCAUCAGCUGCCUUCACGGGAUGCGAGUGUGAGAUCGUGAUUUGUACGAACAAUGAAGGAAAUCGUUUGGCCGCUGAAGCGGAGUCUCCAAACAGAAUUCCAGUGAGUGAUCCAAAGUGUCUGUGGGGACAUUUUUGUGCCAGGACGUCCCUGUGCAGGAGGAGGGAUGCUGAGGCCCACUGUGGGCUCCGUGGAGGAGAGGGAUGAGGAGCAGGAGGAUGAGGAGGAGUUGAGGGAUGGAUGGGUCCCAUUCUUUGUCAAUAGAGGAGGUCUGCCGGUGGAUGAGGAGACUUGGGAGAGGAUGUGGCGGCAUGUGGCUCGAAUCCACCCCAAUGGCGAAGCUUUGGGGAAGGAGAUCCGGAAUGCACCUGACCUGCCCAAGAUUCCAGUACCAAGUGUGCCUACAUUCCAACCUAGCACCACAAUUCCGCAGCACCUGGAAGCCAUACAGAAGUACAUCAGGGAAUUGCAGUACAAUCACACCGGAACCCAGUUUUUUGAGAUCAAGAAGAACCGUCCUCUGACUGCGUUGAUGGACAUUGCUAAAGAGAUGACCCGGGAAGCUCUCCCAAUCAAAUGUCUGGAGGCGGUGAUCCUUGGGAUUUACCUCACCAACGGCAUGCCGUGCGUGGAGCGCUUCCCCCUCAGCUUUAAGUCUCAGUUCUCAGGGAACAACUUCCACCACAUCGUGCUGGGAGUUCACAGCGGGGGACGUUUUGGCGCUCUUGGCAUCAGCCGCAGGGACAGCCUCAUGUUCAAGACCCUGGAGUUCCGAACACUUACCGACCUGGUGCAGGAGUUUGAAAGAGCUUACAGGGGCCACUGGCACACCCUGCACAAGGUCAAGAUCGGACAGUAUGUGUCCCAUGACCCUCACAGCGUGGAGCAGAUCGAAUGGAAACACUCAGUGCUGGACAUAGACAAACUGACCAAGGAGGGACUACGGAGGGAGCUGGAAAGACACACUCGAGACAUGAGGCUGAAGAUUGGGAAACCUGCACCUCCUUCUCCCACCAAAGACAGAAGGAACAGUGUAGGUUCACCCCUCAGAGGACAAAGCAGUCCCUCACGCAGGUUCAGCCAUGUGGAGAAACGCCCCUCUUCAGAGAAGAAAGCUCCACAGCAGAAACCACCUGCAGACAUGAAUGGUUAUCAGAUUAGAGUCUGAAGAACAUUUCAGUGUACAAAACAAUGAGGUGUCUCGAUUUGGAAGUGAUGUGGCCCCUAUUGACCACCACAGUAAAAUAAACAAAUAACCAUUCUUCCAUGAUGCUGGCAGAGGUCGCUGUACUACUCGUUGUAAUCGUGCCACCGGACGUGUCGUAGGAGUCCGUAUGUUCAACAGAAGUUCUCAAGUCUUACUUGCAGUUUGUAUAUUUGUACUGUAACUGUGCAUCUAAAAUUUCUAAAUGUUGUUGCAUUUUUAAAUUUGCAGAGAAUCUGUUGGCCAGCAACUGCUUGUGCUGUUUGCAAACCGCUACCGCUGUGCCUUGUUCUCGGAAUCAAAGAAGCUAAUGCUCCAGUUAUAGCAGCAGUCCAUCAAACCACAGCAAAACAAACUAACAAAACCAUUUUUAAGACUUAAUGCUACAAAUGAGAUAGGGUUUUUUUUAUUUUGUUUUUCCUGGCUACUGCAGUGUGUCUGCUCUUAAUAAGGGGUCGGUUAUAGGGACUAUAACUCACUCACAUAAACACACACGUUCCUUUAUUUGUAGCAGGUUUUUCCACUUGCCUUAAGUGGUAUCCAAGACUUCCAUCCGAGGUAUUAUAAAAUGUGUUCACAGUACUUUUGCCUGCAUUUUGUAUUUUUUUAAGUUGUCAUUUUUAUACUUUUCACUGUUGAUGAGCACCAGUUAAAAAAACACUUCGUAUCUUCCACUGUUACAUUUUUUUAUACAUACAGUCAGCGUGCACUUUUUGUUUUGAUGUUUUGUAACAGUUUUGUAGAAAAGCAGAUUUGACUUAUAGAGUUCAAAUAAAGGAUGUUUACUGUA